GAAGUUGCUGUGAAGAAGUUCCUGGAUCAAGAUAUAACCGGUGACUCCCUCGAAGAAUUUAGAAGUGAGGUACGGAUCAUGAAAAGGCUCAGGCAUCCUAACGUUGUUUUAUUCAUGGGAGCUGUCACUCGUUCUCCACAUCUUUCAAUUGUUACUGAGUUUCUUCAUAGAGGUAGUUUAUACAGAUUAAUCCAUCGACCCAACAAUCAGUUAGAUGAGCGCAGAAGGUUGAGGAUGGCUCUUGAUGCUGCUCGAGGGAUGAACUAUCUACACAACUGCACACCCAUGAUAGUUCAUCGAGAUUUGAAGUCUCCGAAUCUCUUAGUAGAUAAGAACUGGGUUGUGAAGGUAUGUGAUUUUGGACUGUCAAGAAUGAAGCACAGCACAUUUCUUUCAUCCAGGUCGACUGCUGGGACGGCAGAGUGGAUGGCCCCAGAAGUGCUGAGAAAUGAACCUUCCAAUGAAAAAUGUGAUGUAUAUAGCUUUGGCGUCAUACUAUGGGAGCUAUGUACUUUGCAGCAACCAUGGGGAGGAAUGAACCCGAUGCAAGUUGUUGGUGCUGUGGGAUUUCAGCACCGACGUCUUGACAUACCAGAGGACAUGGAUCCGGCUGUUGCAGACAUUAUCAGGAAAUGCUGGCAAACAGAUCCGAGGUUACGGCCUUCAUUUGCUGAGAUUAUGGCUGCUUUGAAACCACUACAAAAGCCUAUAAGUUCACAGGCACCAAGACCACCGGCUGGCAGAGGUCCGGUAAAGGGUCAGCCAUCACGAAUCGUAGAAGAUCCACCUGCAGAUCAGAGUUAGUGAAGGAGGAAAGGGGAGUAUCUCUUGUUAGACAAUUGUAAAUUUGUGCACAAGAAACUAAAGGAAGGCAUCAAAAGAUCCUGACAAACACAUAAUAUUGAGCCAGUGGUGAUUCUUUUGUUUCAUCUUUUUAGUAUUUUUGGCAGUGUUCCCCAGUCCUGAAAAUUGUCUAUCUGCCCUUGUAUAUUCACUUUGUAAUUAAAAAGGAAUAUGUUGCUUAAAAGAAGCUCAAACUCUUCUCUUCAA